AUGUCGCCAUCGCCUCAUAUCGCCGUCUCUUCAUGUCACUGUCCCCUCGCAUCGUUGUCUCCUCGGCAGAGCCGCGUGUACGGCCGCGACCGCGUCAAGUUCAUGGAGAGCCUGGUGGUCGGUGACAUCGCGGAGCUCAAGCCAGACCAGGGCACCCUGACACUGCUGACCAACGAGAAGGGCGGCAUCGUGGAUGACCUCAUCGUGACAAACACUUCAGAAGAUCACCUGUACGUGGUGUCCAACGCGGGCUGUGCUGACAAGGACUUGGCCAUCAUGAAGGACAGAGUGAAGGAGCUGCAGGCAGUUGGCAGCGAUGUGCACCUGGAAGUCUUGGACAACGCUCUGCUGGCUCUGCAAGGUCCCUCCAUGGCACGGGUGUUGCAAGCAGGACUUUCCAAUGACCUAGGCAAAUUGUCCUUCAUGAACAGCGCAAUAAUGACAGUCUUUGGCGUGCCAGGCUGCCGAGUCACACGCUGCGGCUACACGGGCGAGGAUGGUGUGGAGAUCUCGGUACCUGCAGGGCGGGUUGUGGAGCUAGCGGAGCGGCUGCUCGGUGACCCUGAAGUGUGGCUGGCCGGGCUCGCGGCCAGGGACAGCCUGCGGUUGGAGGCAGGGCUCUGCCUCUACGGGAAUGACAUUGAUGAGACGACCACGCCUGUGGAGGCCAGUUUGGUGUGGACCUUGGGGAAGCGCCGGCGUAUGGCCAUGGACUUCCCUGGCGCUGCCGUGAUCAUGGCACAGAUCAAGGAGAAGCCGAAGCGCAAGCGCGUGGGGCUGACCUCUGUGGGGCCCCCCGUGCGGCCGCACACAGCCAUUCUGGGACCCGAGGGCAGGCCCGUCGGCCUUGGAGUGCUCAGCCCCAUCACGGCUAUGAGCGGGGAGCCCUCCACCAUCGACCCCAGGUUCUUCCUCACGGAGCGUGACGAGGGCCAGAACCGGGCUGUGGCGUCGCAGCGGCGCCUCGCGGAGCUCAACUCGCGCGUGGUGGUGACAGCGCACAGCGGGGAGCUGUCGGAGAGCUUCCUCGCCUCCUUCCAGGUUGUGGUACUCACGGACUCCCCGCUGGAGGAACAACUCCGCAUCGGUGACUUGUGCCAUGCCCGGGGCAUCUGCUUCAUCGUGGCCGAUGUGAAGGGGCUGGCAGGGCAGCUAUUUUGCGAUUUUGGGGAGCACUUUGUUGUUCAUGACCCAGCCGACACUGAACCGGUUUGUGCCGUCGUGCAGUACGUCUCCCAGGGCAACCCAGGAAUCGUGACGUGUGUGGCAGAAGACGGCCGUGGCCACCUUUUCCGUGAUGGCGACAUGGUGACUUUCUCAGGCCUGGAGGGCAUGACGGAGCUGAACGGCCGGCAGCCCUGCCCUGUCCAUGUGCUGGAUGACUUUCACCUGGAGGUUGGUGACACAAGCUCCUUCUCGCCAUACCGCUGUGGGGGCCAAGUGAAGCAGGUUCAUCUGCCCCAAGAGCAUUCGUAUAAGUCCCUGCGCGAAGCCCUGGCGGAACCGAAGCUUCAAGUGUCGACUCCCCAAGAGCUGCCACGCAGGCGCAGCCUGCACGUGGCUUUCCAGGCCCUGCACGCCUUCCGCGAGCAGCACGGGCGCCUCCCGCGGCCCCGGGCGCCGGAGGAUGCCCAGCGGGUGCUGGAGCUGGCCCGGAGGCUGGCCGAGCAGCACAGGCCCCUGGACGAGGCCCUGGUGCAAGCCUUCGCCAGCGUCAGUGCGGGGGACCUUUGUCCCAUGGCGGCCUUCGUCGGGGGCCUGGCAGCCCAGGAGGCCCUGAAGGCCGCCUCUGGGAAAUUCCUGCCGUUGGAUCAGUGGCUCUACUGCGAUGCCUUGGAGUGCCUGGCCAUGGAGGGGGCUGCGCGGCUGACGGAGGAGGACUGCGCCCCGAGGGGCUCUCGCUACGAUGGCCAGAUUGCUGUGUUCGGGGCUGACUUCCAGGAGAGACUGGGCCGCCAGAAAUACUUUGUGGUGGGAGCUGGUGCCAUCGGCUGCGAACUGCUGAAAAACUUUGCCAUGAUGGGCUUGGCCGCGGGGGCAGGCGGGGACAUCACGGUGACCGACACGGACACCAUCGCGCGCUCCAACCUCCACCGGCAGUUCCUCUUCCGCUCGACAGAUAUAUCGAAGCCAAAGGCAGAGGUAGCAGCUGCAGCUGUGAGGCUCAUGAACCCUGACAUCAAGGUGACGGCGCACCAGAACCAGGUGGGACCUGCCACGGAGCUCAUCUAUGGGGCUGACUUUUUCAAGCAGCUAGAUGGCGUUGCCAGCGCCCUGGACAACCUGGAGACCCGUACCUACCUGGAGAGCCGCUGCUGCCGCUCCCUCAGGCCACUGGUGGAUUCAGGCACAGAGGGCACACAGGGGAACGUGCUCGUCAUGGUGCCCCACCUGACCAGGCUGCUGGGACCUGCCAGUGACCCCGUGGACCCGACCUUCCCCCUCUGCACCCUGCGACACUUCCCCUGGACCACUGAGCACACGCUGCAGUGGGCACGAGACAAGUUUGAGGGGCUCUUCAGGCUCUCUGCAGAGAAUGUCAACCGGUUCCUGGCAGACCCGGCCUUCCUGGAGCACCUGGAGGCACCAGAGGCGCUGGAGGUCCUGCAGCGAGUGCGGAAGAGCUUGCAGGAGAGGCCGCGGGACGGGCAGGACUGUGUGCGCUGGGCCCGCCGGCGCUGGCAGAGCUGCUACCAUGACACCAUCUCCCAGCUGUUGCUCACCGUCCCCCCGGACCACGAAACCAGCCCUGGCAUUGCCUUCUGGUCGGGGAACAGGAGGUGUCCCCAUGAGCUGACAUUUAACCCUGAUGAUGACUCCCACGUGGCUUAUAUCAUGGCUGCUGCCCGCCUCUUUGCUCAGACGCACAAGGUUUUGGCUCACGGUGACAGCGCGGCUGCGCAGGAGAUCCUGCACAACAUGGUCCUGCCGCCCUUCACACCUCAGGAGGGACUUCACAUCAACAUCACGGAGGAGCCGGAGGAGGCCCAUGCUGGGACAAGAAUAACCCCCUGGGGCCCCUUUGUGCCUCCAGACCAAGGGCAGCUGGCAGAGCUCACUCGGGAGCUGGCACAGUGGCGACAGGAGCUGCUGGAGACUGAGGAGACACAAAUACCCAUCAUGGAGCCCAUCCACUUCGAGAAGGAUGACAACUUGCACAUAGACUUUGUCACAGCCGCGUCCAACCUGCGCGCAGAGAACUACGGCAUCCCCCGUGCCGACUGGCUCACGAGCAAGCGCCUCGUGGGACGAAUCGUGCCCGCCAUUGCCACCACCACCAUGGCCGUGGCCGGCCUGGCUUGCCUGGAGAUCUACAAGCUCGUGUGGGGCUGCCAGGACCUCAGCUGCUACCGUAGGAGCAACCUCUUUCUCUCCAGCUCCCUGCUGCUCCGCGCCCAGCCCCUGCCACCCUCCACCUACAAGUACGGCCAGAGGGAGUGGAACUGCUGGGACCGGCUUGAGGUGCAGGCGGUCGGCGCUGAUGGGCAGGAGCUGACGGUGCAGGAGCUCCUGGAGCGGCUGGAGGCUGUCGGAGAGCCUGGAGGCGGCCGGCAAGCCAAGGCCCCGGGAGCUGGAGCUGCAUUACGUGUGUGAGGGAGAGGAGGAGCAGGACGAUGACAGCUGCCCCCCACUCCUCUGCUACAUGCCUUG